CAGAUCUUCCAUUGGAAAAAGCCAAAGACACUCAGCUGCCUCUCCCCAACUCUCUCCCCUUCUAGCUGGCCUCCAAAAACAUGAAGCACCCCCGAGUUAACUCUGUGGUGAGAUUUUAACAAGUCACAAUGUUAUGUGGUCCCUGGCCCCACCAUUUCCCAAAUCCACUCAGCCCAGCUGUUCUAGGCCUUUACUCUGAUUCUUUCUCUUACAGAGGCAUUUCAGGGACUGUUGGGCUGGGGCAAAAAGGUCCCUUUGCUCUUUAGAUGUGUAGGCCUCCAGCUGGGAGGGAGGAGCUCCUCCCCAUCACAGGGACACUGCUUUUUUGCUGCUUUAGCCUCAUCUGGGCUCUCUGGUUUCUUCUCCAGGGUGGCCAACUUGAAUGUCUUCACCUGCCAGGGUCCAGGAAAAGGUGCGCAGCUAGAGAGGAAGAGGCGGCUUCUUCAACAUGGCGGGGCCUUUGUCUCCUGGCUCCUGGGCUCCGAGCCCAGUUCGCGGCUCCCCUGUUCCAUCUCCUCGGCUCCAGGAGCUCUUUGGGAGUGUUAACAUUCAGGGAUGUGGCCAUAGAAUUCUCCCCUGAAGAGUGGCAGUGCCUGGACUCUGCUCAGCAGCAUUUGUAUAGGGAUGUGAUGUUAGAGAACUACAGAAACCUGGUCUCCUUGGGUCUUGCUAUCUUUAAGCCAGACUUGAUUACCUGUCUGGAGCAAAGAGAAGAGCCCUGGAAUUUGAAGAAACAGGAGACAGUAGCCAAACACCAAGCUGGCUCUUUUCAUUUUACUGCAGAGAUAUUGCCAGAGCACGACAUAAAAGAUUCAUUUCAAAAAGUGAUUCUGAGAAAAUACAGAAGCUGUGACCUUAAUAAUUUACAUUUAAAGGAAGACUAUCAAAGUGUGGGUAAUUGCAAGGGACAGAAAAGCAGUUAUAGUGGCCUUCAUCAAUGUUUGCCAACUACCCAUAGGAAAACAUGUCAGUAUAAGAAAUGUGGCAAAGCUUUUGAGUUGUGCUCAAUCUUCACUGAACAUAAGAACAUUUUUAGCAGAGAGAAAUACUACAGAUGUGAAGAAUGUGACAAGGACUGUAGGUUGUUCUCAGAUUUUACUAGAAAUAAGAGAAUUCAUACUGCAGAGAGAUGCUACAAAUGUGAAGAAUGUGGCAAAGCCUUUAAAAAGUUUUCAAACCUUACUGAACAUAAGAGAGUUCAUACUGGGGAGAAACCCUACAAAUGCGAGGAAUGUGGCAAAACCUUUACCUGCUCCUCAACCCUUAUUAAACACAAGAGAAAUCAUACUGGAGACAGACCCUACAAAUGUGAAGAAUGUGGCAAAGGCUUUAAGUGCUUCUCAGACCUCACUAAUCAUAAGAGAAUUCAUACUGGAGAGAAACCCUAUAAAUGUGAAGAAUGUAACAAAUCCUAUAGGUGGUUCUCAGACCUUGCUAAACAUAAGAUUAUUCAUACUGGAGAGAAACCCUACAAAUGUAAUGAAUGUGGAAAAUCUUUUAAGUGGUUCUCAGCGCUGAGUAAACAUAAGAGAAUUCAUACUGGAGAGAAACCCUACAUCUGUGAAGAAUGUGGCAAAGCCUUUACCCGCUCCUCAACGCUUAUUAACCACAAGAGAAUUCAUAUGGAAGAGAGACCUUACAAAUGUGAAGAAUGUGGCAAAACGUUUAAGUGCUUCUCAGACCUUACUAAUCAUAAGAGAAUUCACACUGGAGAGAAACCCUACAAAUGUGAAGAAUGUGGAAAGGCAUCGAGCUGGUUCUCACACCUCAUUAGACAUAAGAGAAUCCAUACUAGAGAGAAGCUCCCCAAGUGUUAAAAAUGUGGAAAAACCUUUAACAAGUCAUUAUCUUGUGUUCAACAUCAGAGAUUUAAUAAUGAAUGCAGUAUAAAUGUAAAGUCUGUUGAAGAACAUUUAACAUCUUGGAGGAUCUCUUAAGAACUUGCUUCAUAAUGUGAGUGCUUUUGUGUUGGGUGCAUAUGUAUCCCUUUACUAUUAUGCAAUGCCCUUGUCUUUUUUUUUUUCCUUUUUCUAAUUUAUGUUGAUUUAAAGUGUGUUUUUUCAGAAACUAGAAUUGUGACCCCUCCUUUUUUUCUGCUUUCUAUUUGCUUGGCAGAUUUUUCUUUUUCCCUUUAUUUUGAGCUUUUUUAAGAUGGGUGUCUCAAUUACAGCAAACCAUGGAUCUUGCUUCUUUCUUCAGCUUGCUACUAUGUUAUUUAAUUGGGGCAUUUAGUCCAUUUACAUUUAAGGUUAGUAUUCAUGUGUGUAGAUUUGAUUCUGUCAUUGCGAUCUUACCUGGCUAUUUGACACAUUUGUGUAUAUGGUUGCCUUAUACUGUCAGUGGUUUGUGUACUUGAGUGUGUUUUUGUAGUGACUGAUGAUAGUCUUUUUCUCAUUUAGUGCUUUCUUCAGAAGCUUUUGUAAAGCCAGUCUUGUGGUAACAGAUUUCCUCAGCAUUUGCUUAUCUGAAUAGGAUCAUAUUUAUUUUUUACUUGUGAAGCUUACUUUGGCUGGAUAUGAAAUUCUGAGCUGGACUUGAUUUCAGCUGAAAGGUUUGUUGUUCGAUGGGCUUUAAGAGGUGACCUGGCCUCUCUACCUGCCUGUAACAUAUUUUUUUCUUUCAUUUUGACUUUGGAGAAUCUCAUGAUUAUGUGACUUGGGGAUGACCUUCUCGUGGGUUAGGGUUAGGGGUUCUCCACAUUUCCUGCAUUUGAAUGUUGGCCUCUCUAUCUAGGUUGGGGAAGUUCUCACUGAUGAUAUCCUGAAAUGUGUUUUUAUUCUCCCCAUUGCUUUCAGGCACUCUCUUUAAUGACAGGUUUGGUUUCUUUAUACAAUCCCAUAAUUUUAAGAGGUUUUAUUCAUUCCUCUUUUUUUUUUCACUAUUGUUGUCUGUCUUAUUUCAAAAGUAAGUUUUCAAGCUCUGAGAUUGUUUCCUCUAUUUGACCUAUUCUACUGUUAAUACUUGUGAUUACAUUAUAAAGUUUUUGUGUUGUAUUUUUCAGCUCUAUCGGGUUGGCCACAUUUUUCUCCAGACUGGCUGUUUUUUUCUGUCUGUUUCUGUAAUUUUUUUCUCCCCUCCUUGCAUUGGGUUGCAACUUUUGUAGCUCAUUGUAGAUUUUUUCUAUUCAUAUUCUGAAUUCUACUUCUGUCAUUCUUAGGCCUUGCUGGAAACAUAAUUUGGUCAUUUGGAUGAAAGAAAUCAUUCUGGUUUUUUGUGUUUUCAACAUUUUUGCAUGGAUUUUGUCUUUGCAGGAUUAUGUUUGAGGUUGCUGACCUUUGGGGUUUGGGGUUUUUUAAAUCCUGUUUGGUUGUCUUGGGUAUUUGUGGUAUUAUAAGGUGGAUUCAGCUAACAGGCUUGUUCUUGGGAGUUUUUUUUUGUGUGGUGGUGGUGGUGGUAUGGGGGACCAGUGCUCAGCUCACAACUCAGAGGCUGUAUACUCUAUUUCUGGGGGACUUGUAUUGAGCCCCAGCUGUAUUCUCUGGCUCCUUGAGAUUUGGAGUCUGCAAAUCUACCACAGCUGCAGCAGAGCACUAGUGGAUAUGGGGUUUCUGCCUGUCUUUGGGCAUUCACCUCAGUGGCAGACGCAAAGCAGCUGGGAGGGGAGUUGGGGUACCUGCUGGAGACUGUGUGCUAUUGCACUAAAGGUGCUGGGGGCAGGAUGCUGGCCAGUGAAGGUUUUGGUACCUUCUUUGUGCCCCCCAAGAAGGAGUGAUGAUGUUCAGUGUGUGGGAAGAUACCCUGUUCUCCACACAGUGUUAGCACAAAGGCAGGGGUGGGACUUCCUCUCUGCUCACCAAAGCUUCAUCUAUAAUGGCAGAUGCUGUGGGUGGCGGGGGCAUACUGUGUUCCCAUUUGCUGAUGGGGCAAGCAAAGCCAAACCUCCUUUGCAAACAUGUUCCAGCAAAGUAAUAUGAGGAGGUGCCAUUGUCUUGGAGAAAGCUGCAGUAGGGGGAAGAAACAUGGGCUGGUGCAGUCAUAGGGGCUGCCUUGCUGGAGCUCUUCAUGGGUCAGGCGUGCCCCGUCAGUGAAGAUGCUGUGGUAUGGGCUCCCAAGGUACCUGGGACUGCCCUGUAGGCAUCUGUGGCCACACUGGGUCCCUGGGAGAGGCCAGCAGACAAGGAGUGCUCAGUUGAACCAGCUUCUUCUGAUUUGCAAAACCAUCCUGCAGAAAUUAGUUCCAGCAGUUCCCCUAGGGCUCAAGUCUUUUAUGGGACAAAGUUGAACCUAGAGAAACAGCCAUCACUGGUCACAGUUUACUACAAAUGCUCUUGCACCAAACCCUGUGGGCACCAUAUGAGCUGGUUGCUGCCCAACCUCUUUGCUUGUCAUCUGGGGGCUGCAUCUUAGAGAGACGUAGGUCAGCAAUCAGUGCAGUCAGCCCAGGAUUGAGGAUCUGCCUUUGGGUCAAGUUAGGGGUUCACUGUCCGGUAAUGAGUAGUGGGUAAUUUGUGGGAUCCAUGGAGGAUGGACGGGCCUCCUCUCCUUGGGUAAACUUACUUGAGGUAUGAAUAAGGUACUUAGUGUUCUGGAUUUUUUAUUAGUCUAGGGUAGCAAGGACAGUUCUACAGAGGCAGUGGCAGAAGUAUUUUCAGUUUCUCCUGGAGGCUCUGUCCAGGAAGGCACUAAGUUGCUUCUGGCUCAGUAGCUCUGGCAGUGAUUGGCUACUGGCCUAGGCCUGGAGAACCUGCUCAGUGAGAAUAGAUGAGAACAGACACUCAUGUAAGUCUGGCCACUUUUCUGAAGGGCUGCUGCAGUAUGCUCGUUCUCCACUGCAGUUUCUAGUCACCUCAGAUUUUCCAGUGCCUAAAGUCAUCACCAGUGAAUGCUGCAAGACAGCAACGGUGGCAGACUUCCCUUUUCUUUGGGAGCUCUAUCCCAGAGAGGCAUAGACGUGUUUCCAGCCUGAGAGCACCUGUAGGAGGUACUGGAAACCCCUGUACCUUACCCGUAAGAACAUAACUGGGGACCCAGUUAAGAAAGCAGUCUAGCCCCAUCUUUAAAGGACAGCACUGCUGUCCACCUUCAGUUUAUUUGGAUGCUCUAAAGCCAGAAGGUUGGAACAGCUAAGUCACACAAACAGCAAAAAUGGCAGCUCACUCUUCCCUCUAGGAACUAUAUCCCAAAAGAGGUUUCCAGACUUCAUCAACCAAAGAGCACCGUUGGUGGGAGCUAGAGACCGUGGUUGGGAAGUACUUUUCAGUGAGGAGGAACAGGACUGGGGACUUGCUUUAACAGACGGCCUGGUCAUGUCUUUUUAGAGCACCUGUACUGUGCUGGGAGAUCCCUUUCUGCCCCCAGCUUGGGCUCUUUAAAGCCUGAAGGCUGGAAUGGCUAAGUUGCCCAAGCAGCAAAGAUGGGUGGCCCACUUCUGUUUUUGGCAGUUCCAUUUCAGGGAGGUGCAGUGCUGCUACCAAUGGUUGACUGGAAUUCUGAGCCAGUAGUUCACUGUGGAAGUGGGUCCCACAGACCGUCACUGCUCAGACCUCUGGUUCCCACCUCUUUCCUAUGGAUAUGUACAGGGAUGUAACCUGCUUUGUUGGAGUUGCAGCUACUUUUUCUGGGAAGCCAGAGUAUCUAAGGCUCUUGAAUCUCUGCACAGGCCUGAGCAGCUUCUUUGCUGAGACUCCAUGAAGUUCUGUGUGUUAAACUGAAGGCCUUGGUGAAGUGGGUUCAUGAGGGUAUCUCCUCACUUGAGGGUUGCAAAGAUCUGUGGGAGAAUUAUGGGUUCCCAGGGUCACACAUGCACUCUCUACUUUACUGGGUGGGGAGGUUCUAUUGGUUCCAUGUUCCCAGGUGGCCCAUCGUUCUGCCUUGCUUUACUCUACUCUCCAUAAGUUAAGUUGUUUCCUUGAUUAGUCCAAAUGCAAGUACCUGGAUGUUUUAGUUCAAGGUGCUGUAUUUAUGCACACCUUGCAUUCCUCUCUAUGAGAACUAGUCUAGCUGCUUCUAGUCAGCAAUUUUGAUCACUUUCUUGUAAAAGGAACCUACUUUUUAUAUUAAAAGAAUUUAAUACAUUUUUAAAAGCAAAUAUUGAUGUAAUUUAACUCUUACAUUUAAUGCUAUGUCUUCAUUUCUAGAAUUUAUGUGAAAGAAUAUGGUCAAUGGUUGCCGCAUCAGAGUUAAUGAGAGGUUCUUCUAGAUUAAAUGGACAAAGUUGUAUACCUUUCCAUGGAAGAGUAAGAAAACUGAAAUCUAAGAUACAUGAAGAAAUUAUAAGUGGAAAGGCCACUUAGUGGUUGGUUUACUGCAGUAUCAUAAGUGAGGAUGAUAGGAGUGUGGUAAGUGAUCAGGAUAAUAUUCUGCAUAGUAAGAGAAACAAUUUGAAUUUUAGAAGGAAAUUUGCUUUACCAUUUGCAAAUUAAGGUAACUAAAAUACAGUGAAGUUCCAAAUGCCUUUUUAAUCAAUGUGUGAAUUUAAUUUUUCAUAAACUAAAAUUAUUAUUGUGUUAACACUAUUUUACAUUGAAUGUGUACCUUGCCACUGAUGUUAACUUAUCCCAACUUACCCAAGAUUGUAGAUAACAGAUGGUAACAAUAUACUAUUGGGUGACAGUGGAAUAACCUCUCUCCUGAUUCGUCAGUGGUCUUUUACUUAAAAUAAUUUGGAAAUAUGGUUUCUACAACUUACAUUUUUGUGUUUCUUGUAACUACAGGUGAUUAUGAUGGUUGUAAUGAAGAUUAUAUGAGUAAAAUGGAGCUGUGUGUUUCUGAGUUCUGAACACCCGUUUAGAAAAUUUUAUCUUUUUUUGUUGAACAUAUAACUUGUCUCCUAAACACAGACAGAUUUUUAGUUUUGAUUUACAUGGAUUUAAAUAACAGAUAUAUCACUGUAAAGUAAACUUUAGGUGUAACAGAUUGAUAUAGAAGGCAAUCAUGUUUGUUUAUAGUUGUGUGCCUACUUUGAGAAGAAAAAAAUAUUAGCAUAAAACAUAAUUUUACAAGUGUUAAUAACUUAGCAGCAAACCAGACACUUCAGAUAUUUUGAAAGCAAAUCUAUUAAGUUCAUUUAACUGAAAUGUUAUUGCUCCUGGCUUAGAGUCAUCUUGUGCAGAUUCUCUUUUUUGUUGUUGCCUUUUUCUCACCAUAGACAUAUAAUUUUUUUUGUCUAAUUUUAUAAAACAUUUUGUAUAAUCCCUCAGAUUAUGAAAGUGAUAAAGUUUAAUGAUAUUCACAAAAUAAUUUUCACACUUGAAUAAUUUCAGUGCAUGUUAUAUUGUAUGUUUUAUAUUUUCAAUUAGAGAAUGCUGUUUAUUAGAGAAUGCUGUUUAAUCCAAUUUUCAUUUAGUUGUUUAUAAAAUUGACAUAAUUGAGUCUAUUAAAUUUAUUAGAUCAAUUUAUUCAAGUAAACAGUUGAAUGUUUCAAAAGUCAUUAGUUCUUCUUGGCAUAUAUAUGAAGUAAACAGAGACAGUAUUAGCUAUGUAAUAGAAGCUACAUAAUUAGAAAUACUGUUUUUGAAAUUAAUCUGUGGUCUCAGGUGAAAAAUUGAAAAUACCUAUGGUAAAGAAAUGAAAUUAAUUCUGCAUAUGAAGAGAGCAUAACUGUACCUGUGCUGCAUAGUUAACUCUCACAAUUGAAACCAGACGAAGAGAUGAACAUUCCAGCAAGAGUAAGUGGAAACCUUGUAAAAUUUUCAGAUUGUUUUUCUACAAUUAAACAUGUACUGAGACAGGUAGAGAGCAAGGCUGUGCUGUGAAACCUGGAAUUGCUGACACGUUAAGAGAGCGCACCACAGAUACCGAAAUGUAAAAUUCCUUGAACUCUUUUAAUUUAGAGUAACAAAAUGUGGUUUUAGUCUUCCUGCUCUAUAUUCUGGCUUAGACAGAAUUAUCAAGCCAUUUUCUAGAUUUUUGUUUUGUAGAUGGAAUCUCUGUCACCUAGGCUGGAGUGCAGUGACACAAUCUUGGCUUACUGCAACCUCCGCCUCCUAGGUUCAAGCAAUUCUCCUGCCUCAGCAGACUUCAGGUGCCUGCCACCACACCCAGCUAAUUUUUGUAUUUUUAGUAGAGACAGGGUUGCACUGUGUUGGCUGGGAUGGUCUUGAUCUCCGAACCUUGUGAUCCCACCCACCUUGGCCUUCCAAAUUGCUAGAAAUACAGACAUAAGCCACUGCACCCAGCCUUGAUUCUAGAUACUGACACAGCCCAUCUUCAACUUCUAUACUGUCUCUGAGGUUAGAAAAGCUGGGUGAUAUGGAAGAACAAAACCAAUCAAUCAUUUGUUAUAACCCAAGGAGAUUUUAUUUCUGCCUGUUGUCCUGGGCUCUCAGAAGUGUAGCUGUGGCAGACAUUACUGGAAGGUAGGUGGGAAACAAGCCUAAACAAAAAUUUGGUGUGUGUCAAGACUGGAUUCUUAGGAACUGGCAGGAUCAGCCUUCAAUUCUGGGUAGAUUUUGGGUACUUGGGUGAUAUGUAAAGAGUGGUAUGUUACAUCAGGCCUUAAGAAUACCCGGCUUCUGCCAGUAGUAAAACCCAGUAAGAUUUGUAUUUUUUUGGACUAUAAAUCAGCAGAUAUUAAAAAUAUAAAUGAUAGGCUUGUUCUGUAUAUUCUUAGUGAUUCACAAGAACUGUUUGGCCUUAUUUCUAUAGUGAAGCAGAUUCUGAAUGCCUUAAAAUCUGUUCAAUAUCAAACACUUAAAGAUAAACAGGAAAAUCAAUGUUUUAGUUUUUAUAGGUAAUUCAGCCAGUAUAUUUAUUUUUUCUCCUAAACUUUUGGCAACUAUAAAAGCAUGUUCAUAAUGUCUUGUUCAUAGAUACUGUGAACAUCAAUUGUGUUGAUCUCUAAGAUACUUGAGAAUUACAUUACCCAACAUGUCCAGUACAAGGUUUUUAAGUUGCCUAUUUGAAAAUUCUGUCAAAUUUGAAUUGCGUACCUAGCUAAAUUUUUUUAAGAUUGAGGAUAAGAUGUAAAAUAAUUCCUACAAGUAAUAUAAACUAAGUUUACUUACUAAGAAAUUUAAUUACAUUUGAAAUAGAUUACUUUCAUUUGUUAAUAUUUGUGUCACAUAUGUAUCUUUUAAGAUUUUGCCUCUAAAACAGGUAACAAUUUGAACAAAGAACAAAAUGAAAUUUAAUGAUUGGCAUGAAAACAAAUGGUUUGUAUGAUGCCCUAAUUAAAAUGAUAUAAAGCAUAAAAAUCUUAAUUGUUUUUACACUAUUUUGGGCAAAAGGAACCCUGUAAUAGUAAUGUGCAGAAAAUACCAUUACCUGUCUUCUUGAGACUCUUAUGAUUUUGCCACUUAGACUCCAGCACAGGCCUGGGUUCCCUAUGUAUUUCAGGAGAACAUCUAAUGGAAAUGAAGCACAAGACUGUGGUGCAGGUUGCAGAAAGAGCAGGCUCUUCUUGGAAGUCCAGGAAGGGGCUAUGGGCGCCAUCCUAAAAAGUGGUCCUGGAGUUUCAGUGAGCCCUCCUGCCGGCAGGGGUCCACUGGUUCUUGGGGGAGGCCAGCCUAGUUGCUCUGUCCUGUCCCUCGCCCUUGAGUCCUGCCUCACCUGCUAUCUUUUUUACAAAGAAAGCAGAUGGCACCCCCCUCCCCCAAUGCAGCCCCACUAGAGGAAGGAGAUCAAGAGAGUCAAGGCCCAAGCCCAUCUUGGCACAUUAAGUUACUGAUGAAUAGUUAAUAAGUUAGAGCAGAAUGUGCUGCUGUAACCUCCUGAGAUCACAUUCUAGGAGGAGACCUGAGUGGCCCCUGCCUGAGGCUUUGCACUGGAGGAAGGAUGGACAGGACACCAGGGCUUCAGUGAGCAUGUACCCCUAGCCAACCUGGAGAGACAUGGGCUUGGCAAGAGGAAGCAGUAAGAGUGGCUUACAGCAGACAGGCUGAGCUGUCAGAUGGACACAGAGGGGUAGGAAUGAAGAGUCCCUGAGGGGUGAACCCUCUCAGGACCCUGAACUCAGUCCAGAGAUCCCCAGCCUUUUGAAGCACAGGCUUGUACCUGGAGCUGCAGGGUGGGUGCUGUACAGUAGCCUGGUAAAAGUGGGGUGAGCCGUCACUGAAGGGCUUCCAUGGCCCAUUUUUUUUUCUUUUUGUGAGCAAAUUGAGCCCCCAGAGCCCCAAGCCAAGAAGGGCAAAGCACUGGCCUUAAGCAUCACCUUUUUCUUCACUGGCUUCCAUAAGCCUCAGACCUCCCUGAGCUUGCCUUGUGGAAGAUCCCUCUCUUGAGAGUGUAGGCACAGAAGCAACCAGUCUUGUGUGGGAACCCCACCCACAAUCACUUUGGUGGGCCCACCUGCGUCUCCUCACUCCACUGGCCUGUGAAACCCAGCUGGAAUUCCAGAAUCCAGAAUGCACAUUUGGUUCUAGAACGAGACUUCAGCACCCAAGCAGAGCUGAAGUGGGCCAGUUAAUUCCAUGGCACAAGGUCCAAAUUAGAGAACGGACUUGACUGUUCAGCUGCAGCCAGGCAGUGUGUGUACUGUCCCAAGCAGGCCCCAUUCUCUUCCUGCCUCAAAUUAUUUCACCUGCAGCUUGUCAUUUGUGCCAGCUCUUUCUCUAGCCCACACAUCCUGUGGUUUUUGAGAUUCCUCUGAAGACUGCCUGAGCCAAGCAUUAAGGGUCACAAUGCUCUAGUCUACUCAGGUGGUGCCAGGACGAGAGCUUUCUCAACCUACCUUGACACUUAAGAGUUAUGUCUAAAUAAUACCAGUUCUAGGUGGAGGGCUGUCAUACUCAGAGUCUUCUCUGGUCUCCAUGCCAAAAGAUAUGUUAAAAUGACAAGGAAAAUAAGACACAGACCUGGCAGUUCUGUCUUUUAAAGGGCAGCCUGGUCACCUUGAACCACAAUUUCAGGGUGUGGUUCUGCAUGUUCCACCUUGGAAAAUAGUGAACCUGGGGUCCCAGGAUAUCAUGGUCCAGUGAAAAUCUGGAGAACGGGCAUCUCAGCAGCCUGUACACACCCAGUCACACCUGGAACAGGAACAGGCCCUACCAACUAAGAAGCCAUCUCAUUACCCAAGACCACUGUACCAGCAAUGGGCACACAUAUCAGGCCCUUUAGAUAGACUGUCAACAAUUCAAGAAAAAGCAAAACCUUUUAAAAUCUACUGUUCCAGGAAGAACCUCCACUUCCAAGCUAAAACAAUCUAGUAGUGGCCAACCUGGAGGUUAUUCUUUUUCUGUGGGCAAUAUCUGAGAUCCCGGUCUGUCCCAUUCUGUGGUACGGGACACAGGCCACACGGGAUUGUUAAAGGAAGGCCGACAGGUGAAAGGUUCAGAAAACAAGUGCUAAAUUAAAUGCUAUACAAACUGCAUGCUUUUUGCAAGUGGACGUGGUUGUCCUGCUAACCCCACUGACACUGGACUUUCUCUACUCUAUGUCAGUUCCCAGUAGAACUCACUAUCUCAUUCACUGGAUCUUAGUCUGUUUUUGACAUCUUUAACCUGGUACCAUUUUCUUGGAAAUUGAAUUUGACACAACUUACCUCAUAGUGAGGAAGGAUUUCAGGUUCUGCUCAGUAUGCUUCAAAACUCACCAAGGCAUUAGCUAUAGAAAGAUACAGUUGUUCUCUUUACCACUCUUCAUCCAGGCCUCUUCCUUAGAUGUAAAAUCAAUGAAAUACUAAAAAAGAUGAACAAGAAAUACAUUGUUUUCAGAAGCAAGAUGAAUGCCAGAAUAGGCAGUGACCACUUGGAAAGCAAAAGGUAGCAUUCUCCUGUGUGCAGCCCUCAACUUCUGUCAUCGCUUUCCGGCUUCAGUAAUAGGUUUUGAGCUCCAUCCUGCCUCUGCAGAAACCAUGGGCCCUGGGAGGUAAACAUCUUCACUUAAUCCUGGUGCUUGCUUUCUCUUGACAAAUAUGACCUCCGUGAUCGUGAGCUUCUAAGCAAACUGGACAACACACAACCAGAAAACCUAUGAAAGGGCUAUGAGUAGGUCUGAGGAAAACAAUUUCCCAGUUUUUCCCUCAGCAAGUUCAAACAACUGUGGUGGUAGACAAAUGUGCGGAAGAGGACAGCGUGCUGUAGCUCCUCCUCGUGUGAGUUUACCACCAAGAGUUUUUAAUCCUGGCUGUGAGAACUCCAAGUUAAAAUCCGAAGUGGUUUCACCUUGUAUCUAUUAAUGAUUGAUUGCACAACAUUUUGUCUAUCAUACUGAGUUGUCUUCACUGAGGAUUUUCCCAUUGAACUUGAUAAAGACUAGAAAAGGAAAAUAGCAACUCCAUGAAAUCAUUAAACAAAGUGGAGAAAUGUUCAUCCCACAUCAUUAGCGUUUUUGCACAUAUUUGCGUGUAUAUCUACCCAUAAAACUGAUACUUUUACAAUUAUAUGUCAAGCUUGAAAACAUACAUACUUUUUGGCCUCACAUGGUGGCUCACACCUGUAAUCCCAGCACUUUGGAAGACUGAGGCAGGCGGAUCGCUUGAGGUCAGGAAUUCAAAACCAGCCUGGACAACAUGGUGAAACCCUACUAAAAAUGGAGGGAAAAAAGCUGCACGUGGUGGUGGGUACCUGUAAUUCCAGCUACUUGGGAGGCUGAGGCAGGAGAACCACUUGAACCAGGAGCCAGAGGUUGCACUGAGCUGAUUCUGUGCCAUUGCACUGCAGCCUAGGUGACACAGCAAGAUACUGUCAAAAACGAGUAUUUUUUCUGUUUCAACAACAAAAGGACAUGUGGUCCAGACAUGCCCUGAUGGAGUGAAGUGGCUGUGGAGUUUGCCCUGGGAAAGAAGAGUCGGCGUCCUGGAUUAUGUGUGGGGAAUCCAUCGGGAUACAAAAAGGCAGUCAGGACCUUGGCCUAGCAACACAGAGGCUUGCAGGGGCCUUCUGAAAGCAGCAGAAAUGGCCCAGGACGCUGAAUUCUAGAUGGGCCUGUAAUCUUAGCAGUCCUGCUAGGAGGCCCUGACAAUACCCUGGAUUGGAGACUCCCUGAGUUAGAGUGGCUGCCAGAGAGCCUCAACAAACAGGAGUCUUGAUCACUAUGGCCGGGCCAGUUUAAAAUAGCUCAUCUCUUCUGUUUUCCAAAACAAUAUAUAGAAAAAUAAAGUAAAAAAAAUAAAAUUUAAAAAUAAACUUAAAUUGAAAAAUAAGGAUAAACAAAAUAGAAAACAAGGAGAAAUGUAAUUAAUAUCAGAUAAUACAGUAGAAUUAAGAGAAAAUAAUUUACAAUAAAGUAAGUUAAAAUUUUAAGAAUAAGGAGAAAAUAAAAGUGGAGAAAAAAUAUGAAGGGAUAUGAAUGAAAAAAAUGUUACAAACAAAAUACAAAUUGGGGAACAUUUGACAUGAGAAUUUAAUAAGAAAAACUAGAAAUUAAUAAAAAAAUGAGUGCAAAUUAAAAAGAAUGACAAAUAUACAGAGAAAUAAAAGGGUAAUCUACAAAACAUUUCAUCCAGCAAUAGCAUAAUAGAUAAUAUUUGUAAUUACAUAUGGCAUGUUUUCUUUUUUUGUGGAGAUGUGGUUUCACCAUGUUGGCCAGGAUGGUCAGUCUCAAUUUCUAGACCUCGUGAUCUGCCUGCCUCAGCCUCCCAAAGUGCUGGGAUUGCAGGUGUGAGCCACUGUGCCCAGCUUACAUAUGGCACUUUCUCUAAGAUAGGCAAAUUACUAAGCUAGGUUGCAAGUUUUAGCAUAAACAGAUGGUAUUCACAAAAGUAUUUCUGACUACAAUAAAAUAUAAGUUAAAAACCAGAAGAAAACUAGCAUUUCUGCUUAUAUGUGACAACUGGACAGAUUCUUUAGAUGUUAAUGGUAUUCAAAAUGAUCUACAGAUCAAUGAGAUCUCUUUUUUUAUUUUUUUGAGACGGAGUUUCGCUCUUGUUACCCAGGCUGGAGUGCAAUGGCACGAUCUCGGCUCACCACAACCUCCGUCUCCCGGGUUCAGGCAAUUCUCCUGCCUCAGCCUCCUGAGUAGCUGGGAUUACAGGCACACGCCACCACGCCCAGCUAAUUUUUUGUAUUUUUAGUAGAGACGGGGUUUCACCAUGUUGACCAGGAUGGUCUCGAUCUCUUGACCUCGUGAUCCACCCGCCUCAGCCUCCCAAAGUGCUGGGAUGACAGGCUUGAGCCACCGUACCCGGCCCAGAAUCUCUUUAAAAAAGCCAAUGGUACUUUUUGCAGCAGUACUAAAAUAUGCUAAAUGUUUGAGUUAAUAUUUAGCUGUGUCACCCAGGCUGGAGUACAGUGUCAUAAUUAUGGCUCACUGUAGCUUUGACCUUUCAAGCUCAGUUAGUUGAUCCUCCCACCUCAAACUCCCAAGUAGAUGGAACUGCAGGUCUAUGCCACCAUACUCAGCAAGUUUUUAUAUUUUUUGUAGAUACGGGUUUCACCAUAUUGCCCAGGCUGGUCUCUAACUUCUGUGCUCAAGCAAUCCACUUCCCAAAGUUCUGGGAUUACAGAAGUGAGGCACCAAAUACUGCCCUAUGAUUUUUAUAAACACUCGAAAACCACAAGUAGCCAAACAACCUGGUGUGGGGGGGGGGGAACCCCAGAGCUAUCAUUUUUAUCUCAAAACAUGUUGCAAAGUUACAGUAAUCAAAACAGUGAGAUGCUAGUAUAAAGACAAAAAUAAAUGUUCAAACAGAUAAGAGGAACCAGAAAGAAACCCACAUGCAUAUACUCAGCUUAAACGAGGGUUCCAAAUGCUCACGUUGCAGAGCUUUCUCUUCAGCAAAAUUGGGUUCUUUUCACAUGACUAGAAAGAUGAGGCUCAGGGACACUCUGUAGAAUGAGUAGAGUUGAUUCAAUUAAAAAAAAUCUCAGCAAAGUGAGUUGGAGUCCUGUUUACAGGCCCCCACCUCCCAGACUGAUAACAGAGCAUCUCAAAGGAACUGAAGAGGCCAGGCCAUGGCUCCACGCCCUUCCCCCAGUUUUCAGGUGCACAUUGUUCAGAAUCAGAUGGGAAAAGGCAGACUUCAUGGGGGACCAGCAGUCUGAUUUUUCAGCCUUCAGGCUGUUUAAGACUUGAAGGCGGGGUUUCGCCCAGGACCCUUAGCUGUUGCCUCACUCUGUUAUUUCCCCCUGUAAAGAAGCACAUCUAACUGCUGUAAGGAUAAGGAUGAGAACCAAACCUACUUUUACAUGCCUCUUGCUGACGGGACACUUUUGGAAAAACGGCAGUCAGAUCUCCCUAAGGGGCCACUGUCCGAGGCUCUGGUUGUGUGACUGUUUGAAGUUCGGUAGCUUGAAAGUAAGAAGAAUCAAACGGGUUAUUAAAAAAUAUGUAUUAAAACGAAACAAGGGGAAGGUAGCAAGGACAGCUCAAAAGUUCCAAGGCAUUUUACCCGUGUGCAUAGGGAGAGGGAGGCCGAAAGCACAAUUGGUAUAAAAACAGCAACAGCAACUUUUAUCCUUUUGCCAGCACAUUGGCCUUCCGGGUUCUUCUCCUCUGAGUUCAAUCCUAAGCCAACCAGCCUAAGGUUGGGAAAUUAACUCUUCCAACCUUGGAGGAUGCAUCCAAGGGGAGUAUCUUAUAGUAUGGAGACAUGAUCAGCUAUCUGUAGAGAGAGAACAGAGGAGAAAAAAGGAAAAAAGCAUUUUUUUCAAACAAGUCCCAAGAGUUCAGAAUGCAUUUGAAAGGGAUAUAGACUGAAGAUGAAUGGCUACUCACCUAGAGAGAGGGGAGCAGGUAUCCUUGGCUUCUUUCUCUUCCUAGCAAAUACCCAGGCUAUGUUGACAGAUAGAAGGAAGAAUGUUUUCUUCUUUCCAUCCUUGUAUCCCCGAGUCCCAGUGACUGUGACAGGGUGCCACCCAUGUUAACAGGGAGGCCUGAUGGGGAGCAGAAAUACCUGCUUUUACCCACAUAUGCGCUAUCUCCCCUGCUGUCACUAGGAGGUCAAUAGACCUCAUUUAUUCUAUGGAUACUCCCAUGGUCUUUAUCCAUGAGAUGGGAGGCUUGGCUUAAUCAGCUGGAAUUAGUCAUGCCCACCUGCAUUGUGCCUUUUCACCUUCAUCAUCAUCUGCCUCCGGAUUUCUCAGAUUCAGUAUUAUUUUCUAGGGCUUCAAACUAAAGCUUGGAAUUGGGGUUGGGACAAAAAUGUGUCUCGGGAUUGCAUGGACUUCUUAUGAGCUGAAUGCUAAGAUGAAGCUGUGGAAGUGGUCCUCUUUCCACAGGGAGAGAAAAGAAUGUCUGUGACCCACCUAGAUACCUAGUGGCUGUAGUUAUGCUUGCUAAGAUUUGGGUGGGCACCUUAUUCCCAUCGCUUUGCAGAAUUUGCAGGAUAAUUGCCCAGAACUAGAAUAUUAAUCUAGAUUUUUACAUUACCCAUCUGUUUUUAUUCUGAGCUGCAGUUGAAGAUGGCUACUUGGUUUACAGGAAUAAGCAGGGUUGGUCUAAAAUGAAGGCAAAAACUCUAAUGAGUUUGGAAUUUAAUGAGAUGUAUAGGAAGUUUUGAGACAAUCCAGUCUUCUUUUUUGUUAAAAACAAAUCAUGAUAGGACUGACUUGUUUGUGAGGGAAACUUGUCUUACAUGGCCUGACUACUUGCAUGAAGUGCAGCAAGAAUAAUUCUUUCUACAUAGGUCUUUUACAUUGGCUUUGAAGGAACUCUGUUCCACAAGAAAUUGCAGGUGGGACUUUCUCAAGUCCAGCCACGGGUUUGUACCAUCAGAUACUUGUAAGUUGGGCCAUUCUCUCCUCUUAUGAUCCCAAGAUAAACUUGGAGCUCCUGGGCCUGUCAGAAAGUGUUAUUCUUUACUUACCACAGAUCAGAAACCCUGCACAAGUGUGUCGAUGAGGUAUGAAGCCAGUUUUUCCAAGGGGCAUAGAUUGGCUCUGCAAGUUGAGCUUGACUCCUUAAAGGGAAGCAUAGCUUUUCAGUCGGUGCCUUGCUAAAACACCAGCUUCUCCAACUGUUCUGUUGCAAAAUAAGAAAAGGAUUACUAUUGCACAGAUGCAGACAGCUGUAUUAUCAUAAGAUAAGGAUACUCGUAACUGUUGUUCAGUUUCUAGAGAAGCCAGGCAGAGAGACAAACAUGCUCCAAAUUUUGUACACAGGAGUACGCCUUACUCAAAUAUUAAAGGUUGUAAAUAGCUCAAAAUAGGUUUCCUUGACUCUGGUAAUAUCUGAUUACAAGAAUCAGUCAUGUUACAAGCAAAAGUCAGAACGAUUACUUCAGUUUUCUGUUAGUCCAGUCCAUUCCGUUAACUCUUGCUUUGUUUGAUAUUUAUGAACAUUUUAAAUCUUCAUGAGCCCUGUAUGUUUUUCCUAUCAGAAGCUAUCAGAAGCCUGAAUUUGAGAGUACUUGUUAAAGUUCUAUUACUGAAUAAAAGCCAUUAUUUGAAAAAAAUCAAAACAAGACAGCAAUUGUCUGUGCAUAAAAUGUUCAGAGUAGUUACAGUCAGAAACAUGAUUGACAAAAAUUUUUGGUUAUUUCUGCGGUUUACAAUAACUUAACCUUAAUUGUGGUUGAAAGCAUAUACUUCAGACAUUAGAAUUUUAGAAAGUUCAUGUAGUUUUUGAACAUGUAUUAGUAUUAUUAACCAAAGUAUCUAAGGAAUAGUGAACACCAUUUUGGCAAUUCCAUGUAACUAAACGUGAUAAAAUUCUGUUUACCUUUUUUGUGGAUACUCCAAGAGUCUUCUUUAGCAUCCAAAAGCCAGAAAUGAAGAUAAUUUUGUCACUAGUUUGAUUUUGAGAAGAAUGUUACAUAUUAGGGGUUUAAAUCACUUGAUAUUAUAAAGUUUCAGAUUACCAUAAAUUACUUAUUUAACGAAAAUGAUUGUUCGGAAAUGGAGAAGGCAAAAACUUGUAUAAUUUACUAAUUUUGCUAAAGAACAGAUUUGUGCCUUAAUACCUUGUUGUGCUUUUAUUUCAAUGCUCAAUUUACAAAAAAGCCAUAUGAUACCCUUUUGAAUGUAAUUAAUGCUCACACACAGAAUUUCUUUGGCAAGACUUAUUUUUACAGUCCUUCCACAACUUAUUAAACUUUUAGCUUUAUCUUAUCUAAUUCAAAAAAAUUGUUUGACCCUAGGCAAGGAUGUAUAUUUCCAUGCCUUCUUAUAGUCUUUUAUUAAAAACACAUUUUACUCCUUACACACCUCAUCUGUAAAUCUACUUCCAGUGGUUUCAAUGACAUGUUAUAAUGGUAACUUCUAGCAAUUUUAACUUUAAAGUCAAACCAGGUACGUUGUUUUAAUUAUGUGCUAGGUGCAGCCACGGGUUUGACUCCUUUCAGCAUAAUUGAGGGUGUGGUUUAUUCUAUAUGUUCUCAGGCCUUACCAAUUGUGAAGCAAAGUAGAAAUGUUCUCAAAAACAAACAAAAAGCAGUCUGUAACCUUAAAACAUUUAGCAAACCUAGUGUCUGACCUGCAUAAUUUAAUCCACGUACUCAUAUAUUGAAGACAUUCAUAUUUUACCAGUUAUCUUUAAAGCUGUUUUUAUUUCUCAAAGAUUAAAGUUAUGUGAACUAAAACAGCUUUCAUCUUCCCUUCAGAAGAUAUUUUAUCCAAGUGCUUACCGUUCUUUAAGUAAUUUUUUUUUUUUUUUUUUUGAGACGGAGUUUCGCUCUUGUUACCCAGGCUGGAGUGCAAUGGUGCCAUCUCCACUCACCGCAACCUCCGCCUCCUGGGCUCAGGCAAUUCUCCUGCCUCAGCCUCCUGAGUAGCUGGGAUUACAGGCAUGCGCCACCAUGCCCAGCUAAUUUUUGUAUUUUUAGUAGAGACGGGGUUUCACCAUGUUGACCAGGACGGUCUCGAUCUCUUGACCUCGUGAUCCACCCGCCUUGGCCUCCCAAAGUGCUGGGAUUACAGGCGUGAGCCACCGCGCCCGGCCAAGUAAUUUUUUUAGAGCUCAUUUUUUAUAGACACCACACACAAAACACUUAUAUAAUUAUGCAGGCAGAAGAAAACCCAGUAGCCGUAAGAUUUUUUUAAUUGCCAUUUCCUGAUUGAAUUACUGGCCUCUCAUGCAUACAUUAGAGUGACAAGACAACACGAAGCAAAAGAACUCGGUUGAGAAAAAACUUUUCCCAGCAAAAGAAGAUCCCAGAAGAGAAAAACAUAAUAUAAAGGUCUUUUAAAUAUUCCUAUAAGUUGGAUAUCCACUUUUAAUUAAGUCGAGCAUUCUUUAAGAAAAUCCUUUUAAAUUCUAUACUACCUGACGCUAGCAGUACAAGCAGCCAAUAUUUUUGGCUUUCAGACUUUACCAAAGAUAACUUAUCAGGUUCUCAGAGGAAAAAUUAAAAGUCAGUUUGUGAAGGGGAAGAGAAUCAGCAAAGGGCAAUGGUUAUGCGCUGAUACGAAACCAGAAGGGACUCAUUCCCAAAGCCAGGAUUAGACCUACGACACCAUUGUAAGAUGGCAGAGGCCAAAACAACACAUUGCCAUGUGGUUACAGGUCAUGCUCCUAAAAACUAAAAAGAUGGAGGUCUGCAGCAACAUUUCUUACCAAUCAGAGAAUGACAUGCAAAGCCUGCCAGACUGGCCACAGCUCAAGACCAACCUCACAAAUACACUUUCACAAUUAAAACUCUACGAAAAAACAUAAGCAGUGAUUGUUGGGGUCCUAGCCCAGCAAAACAUUUUCUAAGAAAAAAAAUUCUUUUGCUUAAAAGUAAAUGGCCGACAGAAUGAGAAUAAAUUUAAAAAAGGCUUAUGUGUAGGGUAGGGAAGAAAAUAUUUAUUCUUAUGCAAAUGGGUUUCUUCAACAGAGAGAAAAACUUAAUUGCUGUUGGAUGAGACUUGAUUCCUUGGCUGGUGAAGGUGAAGGCACCAUGGAUGCCUGACAUUUUCCAGCCCAGAGAUGAGAAUGAGGAGCCACCAUUCAGCUGUCCAUCCCAUAUGUCCCUGAGGCUGUGGUGUGGGGCGGUACAGUUUCCUCUGCCCUCGGGAGAGGUCCAGGGAUGAAAAGCCUUACAAACAAAAGAGAAAAUAAUGUUUUGGUUUACAUUUUACCCUUCCUCAAGCUCCACAUCUAGACACCGAAAUGUUACAGAACUUUCUCCUUCAUUCAGCUAAAACCAGCAUCUUGUCACAUGACCAGGAAUGAAUAGGCUAAUAGACAUACUGAAUAGUCAAGAGUAAAGUUUAUUGGACAAAAAGAAAAAAAAAAACCUCAGCACAGUGAAAGUGACUCGUUAACAGGCCCCUACCUCACAGAUUAAUGAACACCAGGUCACCACAUAGCAACUGAAGAGUCCAGGCUCGAAAUGUGUGAACUUCCAUGGCUCCACCUCCUUUACCAAGUGAACAGGUGGGCAUUAUUCAGAAAGAAACCGGAAAGGGGGAGCUUCAUCUGAAACCAGCAGUCCAGUUUUUCAGCCUUCAGGCCAUUUUAGACUUGAAGGCGGAGUUUUGCCCAUGACCCUGGACUGUCUCCUGUCUCCAUCACUCAAAAUGAGAAAAGAACAGUCUCUUUAACAAAUGGGCUGGAGAAUACUGAAUGUUCAAAUGAUAAAAAAGUAAAGUUAAAUCUUACCACAAGCAUGAACUUAAAAUGAAGUGAGACAUACUUUUUGUAGCUGUUAUAAUUUUUUCUUGAAUUUUUUCAGAUGGCUUAUUCUUAGCAUAUAAAAAUGCUCCUGCUAGUUUUUGCAUGUUAAUUUGGUAUUCUGCCACUUUAUUGAAUUUCUUUAUCGAGGCAUUUAUGUGAUCUGCACGCAGAGAUAAUUUGACUUUCUCCUUUUUUAUUUGGAUGUCUUUAUAUUUCUGUUGCAUAAAUGAUCUGGCUGGGACUUCCAGUCCUCUGUUGAAUAAAAGUGGUUAAAGGACA